AGAAGCUGUGUGACAAGGCUGUCGUGUUAUGACGACCCCCAACAAAGGAAACAAGGCCUUGAAGGUGAAGCGGGAACCGGGCGAGAAUGGGACCAGCUUGACAGAUGAGGAGCUGGUGACCAUGUCUGUGCGGGAGCUGAACCAGCAUCUGCGGGGCCUGUCGAAGGAGGAGAUCAUCCAGCUGAAGCAGCGCCGGCGCACGCUGAAGAACCGGGGCUAUGCGGCCAGCUGCCGAGUCAAGCGCGUUACCCAGAAGGAGGAACUGGAGAAGCAGAAGGCAGAGCUGCAGCAAGAAGUGGAGAAGCUGGCCUCCGAGAAUGCCAGCAUGAAAAUAGAACUGGAUGCUCUCCGCUCCAAAUACGAGGCUCUCCAGAACUUCGCCAGAACCGUGGCCCGGAGCCCCAUGACCCCUGCGCGGGGGCCUCUCACCUCCAGCAUGGGGCCCCUCGUCCCUGGCAAGGUCGCUACUACCAGCGUCAUCACGAUAGUGAAAUCCAAAACGGACGCCCGGUCUUAGUGAAGCGAGCGUUGCCUGAGCUUGUCUGUGCAGGGCAAUUAGGCACAAAACCAGCCUGGAAUCCCCAAAGCACAAACCUUCCCCAAUGGGUCCGGGUUCCUUCUGCUUGGCUCAGGACUGGCCUGCUGAUCACUC